UGGUGGUAGGGAGGGAGGCCUCUGAUGCACUCUCCGGUAUAAAGCUUCAGGAGUGUCCGAGCGCCGGCGCAGUUCUUUGUUCAUAAAGUGAGUCGCUGGGCUGAGAUGCGCGUCGUGCUCCUCAUCUGUGUGGCCGCGGCGUCCGCGGUCGCGGCCCCAAAAACGUUGCCGGCGUCGUGGAAGAGGUGCAAGGAGGGUGAGCCGCUGUUCGAACAAUGCCUCAGUGAGGCCAUCGAGGUCGCCCUCGCGGACCUGGGCGCGAACGGUGCCCGGGAACUCGGUGUGUUCCCCCUGGAUCCUCUGUUCAUAUCCAAGGUGGUCAUCGAGCAGGGUAGUGGACCAGUCUCAAUCGACCUGCAAUUCACCGACCUCAACAUCUACGGUCUGAGAAACGCUCGGGUGGCUUCUGAAAGUGUCAAGGCAAGUUUUAAAACGCCUGUAUAUCUUUCUGGAAAGGCUGAUAUAGCUGAGGGACUCACCCUCAAGGGACAGUACAAGAUCAAUGGCAAAGUAUUGGUCCUUCCUAUUCAGGGAGAGGGUGAAUGUGAACUUAAUUUAGAAAAUGUCACUGCACUGGUUGACCUUGUGUGUAAAGAUGAGACUAAAGACGGUCUUAGGUAUGCUUCUGUUGAUAACUUUAAAUUUCUUUUGGACACAACUCUUCUCAAAAUAAGAAUGGACAAUCUAUUUAAUGGAAAUAAAGAGCUCAGUGCUAAUAUGAACACUUUCCUCAAUGAAAACUGGAGGGAAAUUUUCCUGGAACUGAGACCUGCCAUCCAAGAUGCCUUUGGGAUAGCAUUUAGGGAAAUAACCAAUAGGAUAUUUUCUAAAGUACCCAUUGAUAAAUUACUCCUUUCGUAACUUUCACAACGCACCGCUUCCUUGAAAACAAAAAAUUAACAAUAAUAAGGAUUUGUGUGUCUUAGGUGAGAGGUCUCUCAACCUAUUUAUGUGUAACUAUUGAUUUUGUUACAUUUUGCACAAUAAAUAGACUUUCAAAAGUGUU